CACUUCGCCUGUGUGGCCCAGCAUAGAAGCAACAUCAAGGACAUCGACAGAAACAUAAUCGCCUUGCUAGACGGCAGCCCCAACGCCACUAAUUUAUCGAUUGAAGAAAGACUGACAACCACAAAACUUUCCAAAGCAAAACUUCUCGAGCAAGCGGCUUCAGACUCAUCGAAGCUUACUCUUGGUGAACUGAGUCUUCGCAAGGAACGAUACUGGAUUGAUCCACCGAGACUCACCUUUGGCCAAAUGAAUCUUCUCAAGGAACGGUACUGGAUUGAUCCAGCGGUCGCAGCGACGGAAGCUCGCUCGGCUGCUGAGACCGCACUUAUCUCUGUCACCGGUCAGGACUGGAAAGGAGCAAUGGACAAACUGAAAAAGGUUCGGGCAAUGCUCUACGAAGAUAACGAGGAAGCUGCACUCUGGAAUACCGAAGUAGAGGAGUGGCGACGCAUGAUGGACGCCAGUAAACAGCGUCAAAAGCAAGAGGUCGAAAGUCGACUGGCCGCUGCACAGCCAUGGGUGAAACGACUGUGGGAAGAGGACCAGGGCAAGAAGAGCUGGGGUUACGCUGUUUUUCGCGACCCCGAAGCAGUCAAUGAAGAAUACGAAUCAAGGAUGGGUGCUGCUCUCAUGCACGCUCGAGACGCGAUCGGUUGCGGAGAGACGAUUUCUGCCAGAUGGAAACUGCAGAGCUUCGAAUGGCCCAGCGUCACGCCUACCGACCAGAACACGAAUACCCAGACCGACGGCGAAACUACUGAAGCUAUUGAUGACGAUCAGAAACAUGAAGAAACCCAAAUUGUGUCAGAUGGUCAGAACUCUACGGACAAGGAAGCAACGUCUCAACUAGAAGCAAGAUUCCAGGGCCUCCGCGAACGCUUCAAAGUCCUUCGAAAACGCGCUUCUGGAAGACAAAUAGCGACUGUCAACCAGACCGACCGUGCCGCUCUACAAAGUGGUAUCCUCAGAAACGUAUUCAUUGUCAUCGAUCAACCUUGUGUCGAUUCACUCUUCUCUGAAGCGGCAAACGUCGACGACAUGUGGGUAUGGGCUGUAGACCCAGAUUAUAUCCAGCCGACGGCCACAGAUACUCCAGAUUCUCCAUCAGAUCAGUACAGAGGCUACCUACGUGUCCGACUGCAGCAACUGGUAAACAACUUUUUCGAUGCCCGACGAUUUCUCGACAACGAAUAUUCCAUGGCAGCACUCUGGCAGGCUGCACAACUGAGUAGAAAUCAAGCGUUCGUGUCGGUAAGAGAUUCGGAGCAGAAGCUCUGGACGAUGAGCAGAUUGAUGGGAAGUGCUAUCCGACCAGAGGGUGUAGUGCGACCUGCGGCCAAGCUACUUUAUAAUGAAAACGGGACGUAUAUACAGAAGGGACAAGAAGCA